AUGCGAGCCGCGUUAUAUCUUGCGUCGCUUUUCGCGCUCGCAUCCUCUAAUUCUGAUUAUGAAGACCAUGAAGCUCCUCCUAGAGCCAUUACACAAAAUGGCACAGUUCAAGGGUUUCGUCUACCGGACUUCAAGGAGGAUGUUUUCUUAGGGAUUCCAUUUGCUGCUCCCCCAGUUGGAGAUUUGAGAUUAAGACGUCCACAGCCGUACCUUAACACGUGGGAAGGUGUGAAAAAUGCUACGGUUAGAAGCCCGAGCUGCCCUGGAUACGCUGGUUUUGAUGUUGGGCUGGCUCUGGGAGAAGACUGUUUGACAUUGGACGUUGUCAGGCCCUCGGGUACAACGGCUGGACAUAGACUUCCCGUACUAGUAUGGAUAUAUGGAGGAGGAUUCGAUGCUGGGGGAAGUGCAGAUUCGAGAUACAACACCUCAUACCUUGUUAAUGCAUCUGUUGCGAUUGACAAACCUAUCAUAGUGAUUUCAAUCAACUAUCGUGUAGGAGGAUGGGGAUUCUUGGCAUCUGAAGAGGUUGUCGCAGCUGGCGAAUUAAACAUUGGACUUUUUGAUCAGCGACUCGCACUCAAGUGGAUACAAGAAAAUGUAUGGGCUUUUGGCGGGGAUCCAAAGAAGGUCACCAUCUCAGGGGAAAGUGCUGGCGGAUUCAGCGUAGGCUACCACCUCACUGCCUUUGACGGCAAGCAUGAUGGUCUUUUCAGAGCUGCAAUACUAGAAAGCGGCAAUGCUUUAGGCCCAGGAAUCAACUCUAUUGCGCAGCUCAAUACGACAUACCAACCAACUUUUGACAAUGUUACGGAAACGGUGGGAUGUUCAGAGGCAGCUGAUCCACUGGACUGCCUCCGAACUGUUCCUUACGAAACGCUAUUUGACGCUUUCUCGCCAUUUGUCAUGACUCCUGUCCUUGACGGGGAAUUCCUCACCCAACUUCCCUCGACAUCAUUCAGCCUAGGGAAAGUUGCACCCGUUGCUAUACUAGCUGGGUCGAACACAGACGAGGGUACUGCUAGCUUUUUCGGCCCGCGAAAUAGUCUCAACACAUCUAGAGAUAUCAGUGCGAUGGUUUCCGGAAUGGGAAUUGGACUCAGCAACAGCACCGUAUCGAAGAUCAUGGAAUUGUAUCCAGAUGAUCCAACACAAGGGUGUCCCUUCAACACUGGAUCGGAGCGAUUUGCUGAUCAAGGGUAUAUGUAUAAACGAGGAGCUGCCAUUGUUGGGGAUGAAGUGAUUCAUGCAGGACGCCGGUUCACUACAAAAUAUUACGCAUCCUUACCGAAUCAUGUGCGGAAUCCUGUAUACAGCUAUCGUUUUGAUCAGCCGCCGUGGAACGGCAUUGAGGAAUACGUGGCGACGGUGGCACCUGUAUUCGCAACCCAUUAUUCAGAGGAGAAGAUCUGCUUUGUAUUUAACAUCGACCCAAGUGCCAGCACAGCUAACUCUAAUUGGAUCGGUCCGCAUAGCGAGUAUUAUGAUCUUUCCAACCUGAUGUCAAGAUCAUGGAUCUCUUUCGUGCACGACUUGAACCCCAAUCACCACGGUGUUUGGGGAACUCCCAUAUGGCCUGAGUAUUCUAAUAGUCCGAGUAAUUUUGUAUUCAGGGUUGGAAAAAGUGAAAUCGAGGUCGAUAAUUGGAGAAGUGCCCAGCUUGAGUUUUGGAGCACGAUAUGGGGACAAUUGAAGACAUGA